UCUUAUCUGCCGGUCACCUUGCCAAGCGUCCCACACGGUGCCUCAACAGUCAACACACAAGACAGUUCACCAGGCGCUCGUGACCAGGUGAGAGGCUCCUCCGCGCAGACCGAGUGUAAGGCCUCUUUCGCACCUGUCUAGUGAGCAACAGACCGACAAAUAACGCUGACGUAACCACGAGGCAAGAAAAGAGAAAGGGAGGAGUGAAGAAGAAGAGAGAGAAAAAGAGAGAGAGAGAGAACGAUAAGUGACUGGCGGCCCGGUCUGUGUCUGGCUCACACACACACACACACACACACACACACACACACAUCAUGACAUCCCGCCACGUCCUUAGCCUUCUCUGCCUCACCGUCCUCCUUGGGGCGGCGGUGGGACUUACGGUGGAUCCUGUGCGCCUUAUCAACCGGAGCUACAUCACCUUCGCCCUCAACACCACAGCCAACAACAGCGUGAUCGAUUGUCCCUAUACACUGAACGAAGGGGAGCGGGUGUCACAGGUGGUCUGGAAGUUCUUUGAGGAGGGGCAGGAGGUGGGCGGAUACGUGUGGUCGCCUAGAGCUGGGGGAAGAGCCAGCGGGCGCCUGCAUGACGUGGUGGACCUGACCCGGGACGACGCGGCGCUGGAGCUGACGGAGUUGCGCUACGACCUGGGCGGCGAGUACUCCUGCCGCGUGGAGCUGAACAACGGCGAGGCGAAGGAGUCCGACCCAUGGGAGGUGCUGAUCGUGGACGUCAUCGGCUCUAGUCACCUCAACUCCUACAGUCCAAAAUGUCUCUUCAUGGCCAGCUUUAACUCGCCCACCAUGUACCCCGAGCCCACGCUGAGUGCCGGAAUGUACUCGGAGUCGCAGGGCCGGUACAUCAAGCAGGUCUCAAGCAUGGAGUGGCUCAAGAUCCUGUACCCCAACGACUCCAUGGCUUACUCGUUCAGGAAUUUCACGUUUGAGAUCGACUCCGAGACACCGAACGAUAUUGUCUUCGAUGUCAGCUUAGGCUUCACCAAGGCCAACGGGGACUACAUCUCCCUCGGCAAACUCAUCAGCAACAGCUCCUCGUGGGGUGAGUACGGCUGCCCUAACGUGGAGGAGGGCACGAAUAAGGACGUCUACUUCUUCCCCGGCAGUAGCUACGCCUGUCGCGGCGGAAGGAAGCCCACGACGAAGGCCACCAUCGUGUGCAAGAGAGGUUACCAGCCGAAAGGAGAAGUGGGGACAGUGGUGCUGCGGUGUGACGCCGACUCGCUGACGUGGAGGCCGGAGAAGGGACACACGGCGCUGGAUGAGGACCUUGUGUGUGUGAAGACCGACAUCGAAAGCGGAGGAGGUGGAAGUCCCAGAUCUGCCCUUUUGUCUUCCUCUCUCUUUUUCGUCUCCCUCCUCCUCCUCCUCGUCCUGGGCCGCGAGAAUCUGCUUUUUGACUUAGAAUGUUUGUACGUGACUCGAACUCUCAGCGGGAGGUCGUCAGAGUGGUCGUGGUGGCUGGAAGCGUCUCUUCAACAUCGUAUUACUUCUGGUUGUGUUGGUUUGUCCCAAGCUCCCGGCAGGAUGAAGAUGUGGCAGGUUGUCCUCGCCGUUCUGGCUACACUGGCCUCCUCCUCCGCCCUGACGGUGGGUCCCGUCACCCUCCCCAACAACAACCGCUUCAUCAACUUCACGAAAGGAGCCUCGCCGGACAACAGUCUCCUGAGCUGCGACUUCGAGCUGGGGGCCGGUGAGGAGCUGUCACGGGUGUCGUGGGAGCUCAUCGUUGACGGGGCCAACGUGGGAACCUUUGACUGGGAGGGUCCCGGCGCAAGCAAAGCCGGCGGGCGGCUGCAGGGUGUGGUGAACCUGGGCCGAAACGACGGGGCGCUGCAGCUGACGGAGCUGCGGUACGACCUGAGCGGCAAGUACUCAUGCCGCGCUGUAGCGAGCAACGGUGAGGAGGCGGCGACGGCGCCCUGGGAGGUGCUCAUCGUGGACAGUGUAUCGCACCGCUCCACCCUCCACACCAAAAUCACCAACUGCAGCUACACGACCAGCUACUCCACGCUGGCCAUGUUCCCGAAGCCCGAGGUGCGCGCCGGCCUAUACUCCAUAUCCACGGGCGGCUUCUACGACGAAAUCCCCAAGACUUCUUGGCGAACCGUGAAUCACGACAACGGGUCCGUCACGUAUUCCUACUCCGACUUCACCUUCCAGCUGGACUCGCGCACGCCUGAGGACGUCAGCUUCUUAGUGAAUGUCGGCGUGAUGAAGGCGGACGGCAACUUCAUCCCCGUCAGCUCCGCAAAGGACGAACACCUCAUCCUGCACCACCUGGGAUGUCCGGAGCCCCGCCUGGAGGAGUACCAGCACAUAAAAUACCACCGGGACACCAUCACCUGCCGCGGCGAGCACAAGGACACUGAGGCUACAGUGACCUGCAAGGAGGGUUACCACGCCGACGGGAACCGGGACGAGGUGCUGGUGAGGUGCGAAGAGUCGACUCACAAAUGGGUGCUGGAGGACGGAACGCAGGCCAGGAGGGAACACUUGGGCUGCGUGAUCAACCGGGCACCCAGUGCCGCCUCGAUCCCUGCCGCUCUCCUCGGCGUCGCCCUCGUCUUGCUCAGGCUCUCCGUCUCCUAGGCAGCCAGCCAGCCGGACAGACAGUCGUCACCAGAUCCAACGCAGUUUGAUUGGUGCAGUCAGCGAGGUCAUCGGUGUGUGGUCAGAGCAAUUCUGUUACUCCGCUGUGGAUGUGUAGUGUUAAUUCGCACGUACAAGCAUAGUUAAGCAACAGUAGUAGUAGUAGUAGUAGUUUAGAACUUACAAACAAUUGUAUAUGUUAAGGUAGAGUGCGUAGAUGCACGCCUAGUUGAGAACAAAUCAACAAAAGUAAAACUAAAGCUGUAAUAAAGUGAAACUAUUUUGGAGGCUAAAGGGCCUACCGUGCUGGUGUAGAAUAUGUAGCUGCACAAACUUUGUGAAACUGUAAAAAGUAGUGUAAGUUGUGCCCUCUUAAUGGCGUAGAGUAUGUCCACACACUGUGAGCUAGCACUGAUGUAGAAGUAUUACUUUCACGUGAAUAAUUCAUUUUUUGCAUCCGUCUUGUUUGAAGGUCAUUUCACGUCAUUGUUUUUAAUUCUCGAGCAUGGCAGUGACGAGAGCUGUGUUCACGAAGAUCACGGUAGCGUCCUGAUAAUAGACUAGUGUUUUGUGUUCUGUUUACAGUAAAGUAUUAGUGAGAACACCUUCGAGGCGAAGUGAUUCUCAAAAAUUUUAUCCACGGGACCCAGAUUCGAAUUUGGCACAGGCAGACAGCACGCCGCCUACCGCUGCAUUUACUUCAUCUCAUCUGAACUGAUCGAUGAACAGAAAACUAAGGAAUGCGACUGAUAAUCUGGAGAUCACUGGUGUCAUCGUGUCCCGGGCGUGAGGGUUGUUUAGGGGCACGGGUUUGAGGUGCUGGAAGCUGUGAGAGCCACCCAAGGAUUCUAACUCUAGGCUCCUUGCAGGCGCGCCGCCCCGACCUUGACCUCUGCCUCAAGUUCAGUAAGUUUUACUUCUUGAAGAUAUGUAGCAGUGAAAAAAUAAUAAAAAUAGUUUUUUUAAGUACAGUUUUGUUUUGCUGCUGUGAGAGAAUGAUUCUCUUUCUUAAUACCCGUGUUUUAAAUCACACGGAACUACCGGCACCACAGAAGAAAAGUUGGCUGGGAGUUAAAACAUACGACUCUUCAGAUAACAUUCAUUCAUGUUCAUAGUUUUCUUAUAUAAAGCAUCGACAGCCACGUCAAUAUUUGCUCUACCACUACUUACGGAAAGGCGAAGAAUAUUAGUGAAGACUGGAGUGUGUUUUGAGUUUUGUUGUUCGAGUUCGAGUUGUUCGAGGCAACGGAGUUGUCAACGAUAAAGACAACAUAUUAUUUACCUGCAGUGUUUCGUAUCGCGUGUCACUUCACCCUCAUGAAACUUAGGGCGACGUAAGUACCGUUUGGAGUGAAAAGGAAGGGCGGUGGCAGGGCUGGGGCUCACUUCAGAUGACAGAGGAAGUUAGAGAAACUAGUCUAACACAGUGAAAAAUCCCGUAAUGAACACCACUGAGUGUCGGGGAUCGAACCCGUACCUUCUGAGUAGAAGUCAGGGCAGCAUACCAACUACGCCGGGGUGGAGGGGGAGCCUGUAUUCACGGAAUGUCGCCUGUGCCGCUCACCGAUGUCGAACACCAUUGAACAUUACUGCCUGGCCUGCCCCACUGUUCGUGGUUUGCUGUCUUGAACCACGAUUUCCUCGAUGCAAUCCUGGUGCGCCACUCUCGUUUUGGUGGAUUUUCAUGAUGUUAUGUGCCCUACGCGGCACUUGUACCGAUAUAUCUUUAUGAAUUGUGUAUAGUGCAUCAACUUGCUUCCUGUUUUAGUGUGUGUGUGUGUGUGUGUGUGUGUGUGUGUGUGUGUGUGUGUAUAGUUAAACCAGAUGCAUUUGCUAAAAAUUUUGUCUGACGCUAUUGCGCAAUAAAUUUAUCAAACAACAACAACAACAGCCACCGAUGACCUAAAAGGUCACCGCGCCAGAGGCCAUUUGUGCGACCCUUUACCUGACGCCCUCGCCCAGCACUGUGGGCAUGAAGGUAAAGGUGACCCCGCCCACACUCGUGUUUCAGAAGUGGCCUCUGGUGCGGUGACCUUUUAGCUCAUCGGUGGCGUAGUUGGUAUGCUGCCCUGACUUCUACUCAGAAGGCACGAGUUCCAUCCCCGGCACUCAGUGGUGUUCAUUACGGGACAGAGGAAGUACGGCUUGGUCCUUGGGAGGGUGUUGGCAGGGGGGGAGCUCACUUAAAGCGGCAGAGGAAGUAUCGUUUGGAGUGACAGGGGAGGGCGGCACCGAGGUAGCCCUGGUAGCCGUCCACCAUGGGGCACCAGUCCCCCUUGGCGGCGCGGCGGCCCGAGGGUCUGCGGUGAUGCGGGGCCCCAGACGCCACCACCACGUAACCCCCGUCAUCACUACUUCUCACCUCCCCCAGCACAUCCUCUCUCCCCCUCUUUCUCUCACCCUCUCUCACCCUCCCUUAGCCUCUCUCUCUCUCUCUCUCUCUCUCUCU